GGCAUCCUCUACGUGGGCUACUCCGAAGGGAUCUUAGAAGUCCGAUUGGCCAACUGCAGUGUGUAUGCCACCUGUGCCAGCUGCCUGUUGGCACGCGAUCCGUACUGCGCCUGGGAUGGGCGCUUGUGCCGGGCGGUUGGGGAGGACCCCAGAAACAGGACGGAGUGGCUGCAGGAUGUGGAGCAGGGGAAGGCCGAGGCCGUGUGCCAGCGCCACAGCGGGAAGGGACGAGCCAUGCCAAGGUCGAAGAAUGACUCUGAUGGAGUCUCCCUGAAAGUGUUGACCAGCCCGUUCAACUCCCUGGUGCGGCUGCCCUGCCCGCAGGUCUCUGCCCUGGCCAACUACUCCUGGACCUACCCGGAAGGCGGCUUACCAUCCCAGGAGGGGCUGACCCUCCGAGACCACACCGGCCUGCUUGUCUUUGUGCACAGCCGCACGCUGGGCGAAUACGCCUGCUGGGCCAGCGAGAACGGCUACCGGCACCGGGUGGCCUGGUACGACGUGCGGAGCGACCUCCCCGUGGACGGCGCCGGCAGCGGCAAAGGCAGCCUGGAGCACCAGGCGGUGCCCGUGGGCGAAUGGCGCUCUUACUGGGUCCAGUUUGUGACCGUGACAGUCCUGCUCUCCAUGACCUUGGCAGUGGCCGUGGCGGUGGGCUUCUUCUCCUACCACGACAAGCUGAAGGCCAAAACCAAAGUGCAGGGUUGCAGCGUUCCCGAGUCCAGCAGGGCUCCGGUGCAGGAGAAGGCCCCCCUCAACGGCAGCCAGGGCCCCCCAGGAGGCGGGGGCUACCAGUCACAGGACGCCGCCGAUGGGACCAAAUCCUGCUGUGUCCAGGUGGAAGGUGGGAGCCGAGCCGUGGAUACGGACAACAACCGCCUGAACUGCCCCUUGAUGAAUGGGGAAGACACCCGAACUGGGGAGGCCAUUUAGCCCGCAGGACUUGGUGGACUCUCGGGCGAGCACCCAAGGCGCCUUGUGCGAUUGUAGCGCGGCUCCCAAACACGGCCGGGUUUUGCCUCUGGGGUCCGUUUUUAAACAUCGUUCGUUCUCGGUUGUGUUUUGUACGAGGCCACCCCAGCUGCAAAACUGACCCUGGAGAUCCAGACGGCUGGCUUCCUUCCUUCCUUCCUUCCUUCCUUCCUUCCUUCCUUCCUUCCU